UCGGGCUGUACCAUUGCGCGUCUCUGCCGGAGGGGGGUGCAACUCUGGUGGUGGGUGAUGUUAUGAUGAUGUCGGGACACGUGGGGGAUAACAUUCACGGUUUCCAGGAAGGCUUCCGGCAAGCAGAGGCAGGCAGAGGCAGGCGGAGGCAAGCCCCCCCCCCCACCGACUUCGACUCGUUGACGUUUCUAAUUCAUUAGUCAUAGAUGGCGGUGCGUCGAGCAAACCCUUCCACCUCGAGGCGUGGUGGAGUUUAAAGCGACGCUGAUGAUGAAUCGGAGCUGCUGUUGCUGCUGCCGCCUCUGCUACGUGUGUGCCACGGCAUUUAAAGGAAUGGCGUGUCAUCAUGUUUGGCAGUAGCAAGGCCGGGGCCAAGAGAGGCUCAAAAUCUCAAGCCGGGGACACGGGGAGGCCACCCAGAGGAGUAGCGAAGGGUUCAUCGGUGAAGAAGGCCCAGCCUUCUGAAACAAAGGCCGUGAGAGAGCGACCGGCCAAGCCGGACAGCGAGCGAAGGCCCGCCAAGGCGAAGGGCGAACCCUUAAAGCCGCCGACGGCCGUCGAGCGGGCCGUUCCGUCGGCGGGGCCCAGGAGAGGGCUGGCGGCCGGCGCCAUGUCCUCGCGGCCCAGGGGCGCAGCAGGAAGUGGGAGAACGAGCGUUCGAGGCGGCGCUUGUGCCGAGACGGGUGGCGGUGGCGGUAGCAGCGGCGGCGCGUGGUGGUUGCUGCAGGCCGGCUUGAAGAUGGGGAGGGACGUGUUGGGCAGCCUCACAGGUUCGGGCGGAGACGGAGGGAGCAGCGACGGAUCGGCGAUUCCGAGUGCGGGAGGCAGAGCGAGGGGGUGUCCGGCGCGGGGGGCAGCCGCGAGAGGGAGCGACGCCACGCGGAGCGGAGCGACUGGCCGUGGCGCCGGUGCCGGUGGAGUCUCGCCUGUCACCAGGGUGAUGGGCCUCGGGGCGGAAGGAGCCACGGGCGGGGAAGGCGGCCGGGCGGCCAGGGCAGCCGAGAGAGGACGAGCGGCAAAGCCCAGGGGUGCGGGCGUCUGGACCUCGGCGGUGAGAGCGAGCAGCACUGGGAAGGGCAGCACUAGAGGGGGCAGCACUAGCGCGGGUAGUACUAGAGGGGGCAGAACUAGUGUGGGCAGCACUAGUACAAGCAGCACUAGAGGGGGCAUUACAAGCGCGGGCAGUACUAGCGCGGGCAGCACGAGAGUGGACAGCAUUAGUGCAGGCAGCACGAGAGGGGGCAGCACUAGAGGGGGCAGCACUAGAGGGGGCAGCACUAGAGGGGGCAGCAUUAGAGGGGGCAGCACUAGAGGGGGCAGUAUUAAACUUGGGGGGCUGGCAGCAGGGGGGGUGCUACUUGGGGGGGGGGGUGCUACUUGGGGGGCUGGCACCACGAGGUUUGGCACCUGGAGGGUUGGCACCAGGGGACGCUGUUGGGGCAGAGGUUGGACCGGGGCUGGACGCGGAGAUCCUUCAGCCGAGCGCUACAUCAUCAAUGACAACGGCAAUUAUAACGAUGAUGACAAUGAAGAUGAUGAUUGUGACGAUGAUGAUAAUGGUCAAGGUCAUGAUGACAACGUUGUUCAUGAUGAACAUGAAUGUAAUGAUGAUUAUACUGAAGCUCAUGAGGAUGACAAUGACGACGAAGAUCGUGAGGACGAUUCCGCUGAAGAUCACGAUCACGGGUGCAAUAAUGAGCACCACGAUGAAGAACGUGGCCACGAAUGUGAUGAUGAUGACGAUGAUAACCACGAAGAUAUUGACGGUGACGACGACGACAACUAUGAAGACAUUGGCGACGACGACGACGACGAUGACGACGGCGAAGGCUUGGCGAGCGCCGGCAAAGAGGAUUUCGUGGCGACCGUCCCGACGCACCCUCUGCGCAAGCUAACACCGGACCAGGUGGAGCAGGUGGAGAGGGCAACGCGGGGCCAGAGCGACAACGAGGCGUGGUUCGCGUGGCGCCAGGGCCGCAUCACGGCGUCCGUCGCCCACUCGAUCGCGCACUGCCGCUAUGUGUCUGGCCAUUCGGACCGGGUGCCCGAGUCCUACCUGCGGUCCUUGCUGCCCCCGCCGGCCGCCGCCGCCGCGAGGAACCUCCGCACGCCGGCGUUGCUGUGGGGCCGGGACAUGGAGGCCACCGCCGUGGAGCUCUACCGGCAGACGAAGCAGCGGCAGAUGAACGGCCGUUACGUCGUCCGCGUCAGCCCCUGCGGUCUCUACGUGGACGCCGAGCGACCCUGGCUGGCCGCUAGCCCCGACGGCCUAGUAACGCUGGAGCCCGUGGCACCGUCAGUACGGGACCUCGACCCUUCCUCGCCGUCUCCGCGAUCCCCACCGCCGGCGGUGGAGGCGACGCAGCGACUGCUGCUGGAGGUCAAGUGUCCGUAUAAGCACCGUGCGGGGUCGGUCAGGGAGGCGUGGGCGAGCGAUCGGAAAUUCUGCCUUGACGUGGUCGAGCAGGGUGGACGCACGAGCUACGAGCUCAAGAGGGAGCACAGCUACUACACACAGGUGCAGUGUCAGCUGGCGGUGAGCCGCCUCCUCUUGGCAGACUUUGUCGUUUACACAGAAGAGGACCUGGCCAUUGCGCCCGUGCCCUUUGAUGCCGACUUCUGGAAGCAAACCCUGGAGCGUCUCUCCACAUUCUACGACAAGGCCGUCCGCCCCCUCCUGCGGCCCACGAGGCCGCCGGUGGAGGAGUGAGCUGCGAGGAAUUCCCAACGGAAGCCGUCUUCGUCUCGUCACAUCUCCUCUUGUCCAAGUCGCCUCAAGCCUCCCGUACAUCACGUGACUCAUGCAUGGCUGCCACCCCCCACUUUGAAUCCCUGCCCUCUGCCCACCGCCCCCUGUGGAAACAAAUGGUGCUCCGUGCAGCUCUGUUUGCGCCUGCUUUCCCAUCUUUCCACCCCUCUCAUUCCGCUCCACCCCUUCUUCCCGGCAGCUCUUUCGUUCUUCCUGCUGCCCUCAUCUUGAGCCGUGCCCUCUUUGUCGGUCUUGGCGUCUUCCAUCUCAGCGUCCCUUUCGUUCUCUCCUGGUCAUCUUGCCCCCUCCGUCUGUUGCCCUUGAGUGCAAUUGGCUCCAACUCCCCUUCCCGUGGUGUGGUAGUGCCCGUGGGCAAAACGGUUAAUAAUGGCAAAAAGCAAAUGCAUUACACUGUAGGGGCAUAUAUUUUCACUCGGCCACGUGUACCGGAUGUAAUUGAUGGAAAUUUGUCAAAUUCGAUAACCGUUUGAAGUUUGUUUAAACAAGGUUACUCUGACUGGGUUGCUCAUUGGGUUCGCACUGACGGGUUCAUGAACCCACUUGCUCUACUGCCUGCAAGUGCAGGAGUUAAUGACUGAGCGACUGCUGCAGAUUAUGCUUUUGAGAAAGCCAUUUGUCGGGUAAUGUUUGCACCACGUGUUUACAGCAAUGGGGUUGGGUUCAGAGAGAUAUAUAUACUGCAUUUCACAGGUCAUGGGAUUAUUCAAUGUAUAUUCUUUAUGAAUGUUGAAUAGGGAAAACAACGUGUUUACUUUUGAUUUAAAGCUUUCGUGACUGCAGUGAUUCAUAUUCUUGGUUCUUUCGGUAAAGUCACGUUGAAG